GCGCACACACUUUACUUCGAAGGUGCCGGGACCUGCGCUCGCGCAUGUUGGCUCAUAAGUCUUCCGUCGAUUGCAUCGUUCGCUUGUCGAUGUCCGUACGAUCCGUGCGAAGCAUAAUAAAUAGUGUUCCAAGCGAAACACAUAAUACAACUCCAUAUGUGGAUGAGACGUGCAAACGAGUGGUAAUGGUUAGGUAUGUGGACGAUGCAUAGUGUUUCAGUGCGCAAAAUAUCGUCCCACUGUGACAACUCAGUAUAAAAAGUAUUUAAAUUAUAUCUAAAUGUUAGUAAUGCCCGGACAAGCUGGAAGCCCAUACUGGGCCGCUGUGGACUUCGACAGCGAAGGUGAUGACGGGACACCUCCUCCAAACCACCGAGUUUACCUCGAUCCAUGGGACAACGAAGCCUAUGGGAUACUGCAAGCAGAGACAGCAGAGUCCAGUCAAGAGGAGAAUUUGAAUUCGUUCAUCGGAGAACCUGUCAGCGCUAGUUUUUACUAUGUACCAACAAAAAAUUAUGACUCUAUCGAAGAAGCGCCUACGCCUCCCAGAAGAAAUAUAACGCCACCAGAACAAAUUAUUGCAUCUGAAUAUGCUUGUUAUGGAAGAAAAUUAUCCAGACCGGUCAUAAAUGAUGUUCACCCCGAUUUCGCAAUUUACGGAGAAAGACCGAUGCGAGAUCGCCGAAGAUCCAUGUAUAUAGAAGAGCCAAUGUAUUCACCUCACCCCAUUCUGUACGAACCAUUGUAUGGUCCUAUACCACCGCCACCUACGUACAUACCUCCACCUCCAAGAUCUCGGAUGUCAUUGCCGCACUACCCUGAUUAUAUGAUGGCAAACCUUGGACAGAAACAUAGAAGGCAUUCCAGGUUGACUGACGCGUACGAGCAUUUUGCGUACGAGAGCUUGUCGCCGGAUUACGAAGAUUGGGCCAGGCCAUUCCCCAAGACUGCCCCCGACAACUUCCAUCUGUCCAGGUAUGGACACCUGCAGAUCGACUACUCCUGCAGCUGGAAUUCUCUCGACAGACUCAUCCGAAAUCAGUAGGCAACUUAUUUAAAUACAUGGGCUUGAUGGCAUACUUUACGAUCAUGUAGUAAGUACAAUAAUAUGAGAAACACUUUAAGAAUAUUAUAAAUAUUAAAAAAAAAAGAUAUUAUCAAUUAGAACUAUUUACAUAAUACUAUUAUUAUACAUAUACAUGUAUUAUACAUGACUGUAGAUACACUUUAAACUUUAUGUUAAUUAUCUUAGUAAUGUAAUGUAAGAAAGACUCUGUUUUCCGCACUUAGCCUCUCAUUUGGGCCGUUGUGCGUGAAUUAAUUGAAAUUAUCUUAGUAAUAGGUAUAAUAAAAUUGUAACUAGAUGAUGUAUGUACACAAAAGAUAUUUUAACUUUAAGACAUUAAAAAAAACUUUAUAUGAGGGAUUUCAGUAAGACUAAUAGAUGUCAAAGUAAUAAAUUUUAGAAAUUUUGUCUAUCUGUCUAUAUGUUUGUUCCGCCAUUACGCAUAAACUACAUCAUUAAUUUGCGGUUUUCACAGAUGUAUUUGUGAAGAUUUAACAUAAAAUCUGGUAUAUGUUUUAUCGUGAUAUAUCAUAUAUCUAUGGUCUGUUUUAUUGGUUUUUCUACGUCUGAAAUUAAUACAUACGAAAUAGCAGACAAAAAGCUAGCACCUAAUAUGUUUCAUUUUUAAUAAUGUUUAACAUUCACAAGAAUCUAUUAACUAGAUGUAAUUUAUUGGGAAAGCAUAAUUGUUACGCUCCGUUAGUACUAAAAUAUAAUGUUGAAAUCUGUAUAGCCAAAGAUAAUAAAUGAAUUUGUUAUAAGUUAUA